AUGGAGCAACUUGUAUUUGACCAAGUCGUUGGUCCAGUGGUAAAAUUUUUGACUGGCCAUAUCACAAAACACCUAGGAUAUGUCAUCUGCUCCACAAAACAUGUUAACAAUAUGAGAAAAAGAAUGAAGGAUUUGGAGGAUGCAAGCGCUGAUGUCAAAAGCCACAUGGAGAGAAACAACAUAAAUAACAAAGAGAUACCUAGUGGCGUACGUGAUUGGUUGAAUGAUGUUGAAAAUAUCAAGGAAAACGUUGAAAGCAUUUCAAGUGACGGUGUUGGAUGUUUAAACAUGAAAAUGAAGUACCGAGUUGGAAGAAAAGCUUGUGAGGAUAACGAGACAAUUAAAGAACUUAUUACAAAAAAUGAUACGUUUAAAUGGACUGAUGCCCGAAUACCUUCAGGAAUAACCGAUUCCAAACCUGCAUCAUCCGCUUCUUCUACACCAUCAUUGGUUGGAGAUGUGUUCAGGUCAAGAGACAAGCCAUUCAACGAUGCAUUGAAGUUCCUUCAACAAGACAACAUUAAGAGUCAAGUGAUAGCGUUGUGUGGAAUGGGUGGUAUUGGCAAAACCACCAUGAUGGAACAACUCGAAAGGGUUGCAAAUGAGCGGAAGAUGUUUUAUCGGAUUGUGAAGGUAACUAUUGGGAGUAAUCCCAAAAUGCAUUCUAUUCAGAAUGAUAUAGCAAUACGGUUAGGAGGUGAAGGUUUACCGGAAGAGAUCGAUACAUCAAGGGCGGAUAGUCUUUGUACAAGAUUCAGAAAAAUAUUAGGAGAUGAUAGAACAAAUGCUAAAGAUGAUAAAAAAAAGAUUCUAGUUAUACUGGAUGAUGUGUGGGAGAAGGUUAGCCUCCAAGAUAUUGGAUUAACAAGUCCUUUGCCUGAAGGAGUCAAGUUAUUGCUCACAUCAAGGGAUUCUAAUAUUUGCAAACAAAUUGCAGUCGAUGCUGGUACAUCUCUUCAUGAAGUUGAUGUCAAUCUCUUGGAGGUGGAGGAAGCAAACAAUUUCUUUUUUCAAAUUACCCAAGUUUCAAAAGAUGACCAUGAUAAGUAUCCAAUAGGGUGUGAAAUUGUUAAGAAAUGUGGUUGCUUACCACUUGCCAUCCGACUCAUUGCAUCUACCCUAAAAUUUGAAGAAGAUUAUGUAUGGAGAGAUACCCGUAACCGCUUGAUGAAUAACCAUGUGGAUAUUGUGCAAGAAGUUAUCCAGAUAAGCUAUGAUCAUAUAAAAGAAUACGAGGAAAGAGAGAUUUUUCUGCAUUGUGGCUUGUUUCCUGAGGACGCUAAUAUAUCAAUAGAGGAUCUCACGAGACAUGCAUGGGGCCUAAAGCUGUUAAAAAAAUGUUUCUACUUUAGCAGAGGCUAG